AUGAGACUGUGGUGGGUCUGGGUGGCCACUUGCGCUCUGUCCCGAGAGCUCCACGCGGCGACGACAUGUCCUGAUUCAGGUAUCGCGCCGCCAUCCGAAGUCACGUUGGCCGCAGCAGCCGAUGGAGCAGACGACGAGGCUAUCCUCGUAAAAAACUCCGACUGUGAUGAAGUCACAAUUACAGCGACAGGGUCAGAGAACCCAGGAGAGUACAGGAUCAACGCCAGCUACGUGGACAUUGAGGUCGUCGAGAGCUACCCGGCCGUCGCGAGUUUAUGGCUUUGGAAUAACAAGAUCAAGACGUUUAAGGCGGUGGGGACGUCAGUGACGGAAGUAGAUAUCACAAGCAACCAGUUGACGUCGUUGGAUGGCUUAGAGUUCCCCUCGAGUGUGCUAUUACUGACGUUGGAUCUUAAUUUUCUCGCAUCGACGAAAGCGUCCAACUUCCCAGAGAGCUUGCAACGUUUGUAUCUGCGCAAGAACUCGAUCACAUCGCUGGCCAAGUUCCGUUUCUCAUCGAAGCUGCAAAAUUUGUAUCUGAACGGGAACCAACAGCUCGCGACACUGGAAGGCGCAGUGUUCCCCGACAGUCUGCAGUAUCUAGAGUGUAGCGACUGUCGUAUAACCGAGAUCGUGGGUGUAACCUUCCCAUCGAAACUCAAGACAAUGACGCUUGGAGGAACAACGGUUACAAACUUCGUCGUACGCGAGUCUGACGUCACCGUGUUGAAGAGUGCACAGCUGAGUCUCACGGUCAAUUUUGAUGCGGACGACUGUUCCAGCCUCUCUGGCUCGGUUACAACAAUAUCAGACGACAUUUCAGCCUGCGUUCUCGAUGAUUUAACAUUUUCAAGUCUGUAUCCAACUAGCAGUGACUCUGGUUCUUCCACAGGAACCAGUUCCAGUGCCAGCUCCACAACUAGCAGCUCCAGCACUGGAGACGGCACUACCAGCCCAAGCACUGACAGUACGAACCAAGCGUCCGGUGGAUCGGGGACUACUGUUGUUAUUAACGAGGACAGUUCGAGCUCCAGUGCAGGUUUGAUCGGAGGUAUCGUUGCAGGUGUUGUCGCUGUUUUACUCAUCAUCGUGGGCUUCAUCGUGUACCGUCGACGUCAACAAAAGCGACGUAACUCGAAUAGCGAUGGCUUUGUGGCUUUACCCACAAGUAAAACCCCGUCCAGUGGUUUAACUGGUGGCACAGGCACGGGAUCGCAAACGCUAUCACUUCCUCCAUCAUCCGAUGGCUAUCUCAGCAACGACGUACGCAACGACGAAGACUUGAUCCCGUAUCGUCUACCAAUUGAUGAUAUAGUGAUCCAGGAGGAACUCGCCAGUGGAGGCUUCGGUGUCGUUCAUCUCGCCCAACUCUACGGCCAACGUGUAGUUGUGAAGCAGAUUCUACCCAAGGCCAUGUCCAAAGAUCUUUUACGUCGAUUUAUGGAUGAAAUCCGGCUGUUCGCACGUAUGGACCACCCAAAGAUCGUCCACUUUAUCGGCUUAGCUUGGACGAAUCUUUUGGAUCUUUCGCUAGUGGUGGAGUAUAUGCCUCGAGGUGACUUGACUACGCUAAUCAGACAGAAACACGCUGAAAAGGAUGGUCGUCGGACCUUCUCGUGGGUCGGUGAGAACUCGCAGCCACGUAGCAAGAUCGAGAUCGCCUUGGAUAUAGCAGAGGGACUCGUGUUCAUGCAUUCAUUCGACCCGACAAUCAUCCACCGGGAUAUCAAGUCACGGAACGUGUUACUAAAUCACGAAUGGGAAGCUAAGCUCAGCGACUUCGGUAUCUCCCGAGAAACCUCCAAUCAGACUACAAUGACAGGCGGCAUGGGCACUAUUGCUUGGAUCGCACCCGAAGUGCUACAGGGCGAUCGGUACUCGGAAAGCGCAGAUAUCUUCUCGUUUGGUAUCACUCUGAGCGAGAUGGAUACAUGUGGCCACCCGUACAACAGCCACAAAUCGGAGGUGGAUGCACUGACUGAUGCAAAGAUCGCACUGCUAGUGAGUACGAACGCCAUCAAGCCGACGAUCGAAGACGAUUGUCCUCCCGAGAUUCGUGAUGUGAUCCUGAAAUGCGUGUCUUUCAACGCGUCGGAUCGACCAACAGCCGUCGCUCUGCAUUAUCAACUCCGAACCAUCGCUAAUACCUACCAGGAUCUGGCGAUGAUGCAGUGA